GCCCGCGCCUCCCCGUCCCUUCCUGUUCUUCUGCUCCGGGCCUCGCUCGCCGCGGGCCGCAGUCCGUGCGCGCAGGCGGCGGCCGGGUGUCUGGGACGCAGUAUGCAGGCGCGCUACUCGGUGUCGGACCCCAACGCCCUGGGAGUGGUGCCCUACUUGACCGAGCAAAACUACUAUCGGGCAGCGGGCAGCUACGGCAGCAUGGCCAGCCCCAUGGGCGUCUACUCUAGCCACCCGGAGCAGUACGGCGCCGGCAUGGGCCGCUCCUACGCGCCCUACCACCACCAGCCCGCGGCGCCCAAGGACCUGGUGAAGCCGCCCUACAGCUACAUCGCGCUCAUCACCAUGGCGAUCCAGAACGCGCCUGAGAAGAAGAUCACCCUGAACGGCAUCUACCAGUUCAUCAUGGACCGUUUCCCCUUCUACCGCGAGAAUAAGCAGGGCUGGCAAAACAGCAUCCGCCACAACUUGUCGCUCAACGAGUGCUUCGUGAAGGUUCCGCGCGACGACAAGAAGCCGGGCAAGGGAAGCUACUGGACGCUCGACCCGGACUCCUACAACAUGUUCGAGAAUGGCAGUUUCCUGCGGCGGCGCCGGCGCUUCAAGAAGAAGGACGUGCCCAAGGACAAGGAGGAGCGGGUCCACCUCAAGGAGCCGCCCCCGGCCGCAGCCAAGGGGACCCCGGUAGCUGACGGACCCAAGGAGGCAGAGAAAAAAGUAGUGGUCAAGAGCGAGGCGGCAUCACCCGCGCUGCCGGUCAUCACCAAAGUGGAGACGCUGAGCCCGGAAGGCGCACUGCAAGCCAGUCCCCGCAGCGCAGCCUCCACGCCCGCCGGUUCCCCGGACGGUUCGCUGCCAGAGCACCACGCUGGGGCGCCCAACGGGCUGCCAGGCUUCAGCGUGGAGACCAUCAUGACGCUGCGCACGUCGCCUCCGGGCGGCGAUCUUAACCCAGCGGCUGCCCGCGCCGGCCUGGUGGUGCCGCCGCUGGCGCUGCCGUACGCCGCAGCGCCACCCGCCGCUUACGCGCAGCCGUGCGCGCAGGGCCUGGAGACCGCGGGCUCCGCGGGCUACCAGUGCAGCAUGCGGGCUAUGAGCUUGUACACCGGGGCCGAGCGGCCGGCGCACGUGUGCGUUCCGCCCGCGCUGGACGAGGCUCUGUCGGACCACCCGAGUGGUCCUGGCUCCCCACUCGGCGCUCUCAACCUUGCGGCGGGUCAGGAGGGCGCACUGGGAGCCUCGGGCCACCACCACCAGCAUCACGGCCACCUCCACCCACAGGCGCCGCCGCCAGCGCCGCAGCCCCCUCCCGCGCCGCAGCCUACUACCCAGGCCACCUCCUGGUAUCUGAACCAUGGCGGGGACCUGAGCCACCUCCCCGGCCACACGUUCGCGACCCAACAGCAAACUUUCCCCAAUGUCCGGGAGAUGUUCAACUCGCACAGGCUGGGACUGGACAACUCGACCCUCGGAGAGUCCCAGGUGAGCAAUGCAAGCUGUCAGCUGCCCUACCGAGCUACGCCGUCCCUUUACCGCCAUGCGACCCCCUACUCCUACGACUGCACCAAAUACUGACGCGCCCAGUUCGCCUCUGCCCCAGGCCAGCACCGGCUUCGCCUCCCCAUGGAACCCUCUUCGACAGAGCCGCAGAAAGCGACGGAACGCGCUCCUCUCUCAGACCCGGGAACGGAGAGCUCAGUGCAUCUCGCAGGUAACUUACCCGAAGCUGGGUUCCUGAGAUUC